GUCCCGAGGUUAAAGGAUAUUUCUCCCCUGAGGUCCUCACGGAGUAUUGGGUCCUUCAUUUGCUCUCCAGACAGAAGGAUUUUCCGUGUUCUGCACGUGUGGCAAGUUCUCUGGAUAUACAAGGGGGCAACAAGCUUGCUCUUCCACUGACAUCCACUGAUACUGACACCUCUGUCUGCAUAAUGGAGAGGAGCCUGAAGAAUGUCGUGGUGGUUUCUUGUGGAUUCUUCUUCCUCUUCCUUGCCUAUGGGGGUCUGCAGAAUCUACAGAGCAGCCUCUACAGUGAGGAUGGCCUGGGGGUGGCCACGCUCAGCACCCUCUAUAGCUCUGUGCUGUUGUCCUCCAUGUUCCUUCCGCCCAUCCUCAUCAAGAGGUGUGGCUGCAAGUGGACCAUUGUAGGCUCCAUGUGCUGCUACGUGACCUUCUGCCUGGGCAACUUCCACGCCAACUGGUACACCCUGAUCUCUACCUCCAUCCUGCUGGGAAUGGGUGCAGGCCCUCUGUGGUCAGCUCAGUCUACCUACCUCACCAUCCUGGGAAAUUUGCAAGCGGAGAAAGUGGGAAAGCUUGGCAAGGAUGUGGUGAACCAGUACUUUGGCAUCUUCUUUCUUAUAUUCCAAUCAUCCGGAGUGUGGGGCAACCUGAUUUCCUCAUUGGUGUUUGGCCGGACACACAGUGAAGGACCCGUCUCACAGGGACAGCUCACGUCCUGUGGAGCCAACGACUGCCCGAUGGCUCCAGAGGCCACCAAUGUCACCCACCGCCCCUCCCAACAGCUAAUCUACACACUGCUGGGCAUCUACACUGGCAGCGGUGUCCUGGCCAUCCUACUGGUAGCCAUAUUUCUUGAGCCCGUGGCAGAAAAACCAAAGAAACAAGGAAAGAAAAGGACCAAGUCACCACCUUUCUGGUCCACAUUGCUGUCGACCUUCAAGCUGUUUAGAGACAAGCGUCUGUGCCUCCUGAUCCUUCUGCCAGUAUACAGUGGGCUCCAACUAGGGUUCCUCGCUGGAGAAUACACAAGGUCUUAUGUGACCUGUGCCCUGGGCAUCCACUUUGUGGGCUACGUGAUGAUCUGCUUCUCGGCUUUCACCUCCCUGUGCUCCCUGCUGUAUGGGAAGAUCUCCAAGUACACAGGCAGAGCUGUGCUCUACGUGCUGGGUGCGGCCACUCAGCUCUCUUGCAUCAUCGUCCUCCUGCUGUGGAGCCCGACCACGUCCCAGCUGCCUGUGUUCUUUAUCCUUUCUGGCCUGUGGGGAAUGGCAGAUGCUGUGUGGCAAACACAGAACAAUGCUCUUUAUGGCGUCCUGUUUGAAGAGAACAAAGAAGCUGCUUUUGCCAACUACCGCCUUGGGGAAGCCCUGGGGUUUGUCAUUGCCUUUGGGUACAGCUCAUUUCUGUGUGUGAACACCAAACUCUACAUUCUCUUCAGUGUCUUGAGUGUGGCCAUGGUGGCUUAUGGGAUUGUUGAACACCUGGAAUACAGGGCUGUUUGCAAAGUGUUUGCUGCAAAAGGGAAAAGCCAGGGAGAAGAAGAUGAAGAAGAUGAAGGAGGAAAAAUGAGAACAGAAAUGUGAGGUGACCAAGAAGGGCAUCAGCGGAGGCGUCCCACGUGGCAGCACUCAGGAGAUAGACUCAAUUCUUCACAACAGUUUCGGCAAUAUGUGGACAUUCUGAAGAUCAUCUAUAGUUUUUU